AUGAGCCUAUGCAGUCUUUGCAAGGGAAUACCUUGGGAUACCCUCCCUGAAGCUCCGAGGGAUAGCUGGUGGCCACCCAGCGGCGUCACCCCUAUUUAUGAAUUUCCCCGGUGGCCUAGAAAUAGUCGAGGGUAUGUGCAUCACCAAAGCUUCCGGGCUUUGGAAAAUUCCGCCAAAGAUUUUCACUGUGGUCUCUGUUGCUUGAUUCUGAAGCAAGCAGAGAUCUGCAAGUCAGAGGUAGAAUGGCUUAAGCCUGAACAAGACACAGAACAUUCGGACAGCUACUACUUGCCAACGUGGGAGUUCUGGAUCAUCAAACGACCGAAUGGCGAUGGCAUAUGGGUCAUGACGGACACCAAGAACGCCGCGGCGACGAGGGUAAGGCUGGUAGCAGCGAUUGGACUUUGCGUGCGAAAUGAUGAUCCCCUCAAGCAUAUUUUUCGAGGCCGCCCCGUUGAACAAGAUGGCGGCAGCUCGGUCGGAAUCUCAAGAGUUCGCAACUGGGUGAAUGACUGCAACAAAAGGCAUAACUGUCGACCUCAAGGGACAAUCCUGCCGUCUAGGGUGAUCGACGUGGGGGAUGACAUGACAAGUCCCUAUGUGAAGCUUCGAGAGACAGGAGGGAAUGAGAGUGGAAGUUAUAUUUCAUUGAGGUAUUGCUGGGGCCCAGUUCCACACUUCACUACCACGAAAGCCACUCUUCAAGAUAGAAAACACCAGAUCAGAAUAGCAGACCUGCCAGCGACGCAAAGAGAUACGAUAAAGCUGACCAGUGAGCUUGGGAUUCAAUACCUGUGGAUCGACAGUAUCUGCAUCUGUCAGGAUGACCACGAAGACUGGGAGCGAGAAUCAGCCAAGAUGACGUCCGUCUAUGAUCACUCCUAUCUGACAGUCGCAGCUUCAAAGGGCACCGAUAGCUCGGAAGGUUUGUUUGACCAAAAGGUCCCCAGAGAGUAUUUCGAGUUUGAGUGCGCUUCCGGCGACCGUCGAGGAUCGAUUUUGGCGUUUGAAACAUCACUUCACAGUGAAGCAAUUCCUGAAAAUUACAUAACACUCCCUAAUGAGCCACUCUCUGAGCGCGGCUGGGUUCUGCAGGAACGUGUGUUGUCCCGCAGGACGAUACUUUAUACGACUCAGCAGAUGUGCUUUGAAUGUGGUGAAGGGUUCCAAGGGGAAGACGGCUUACUCUUGGGUCGAGAGUACAUGGAUGUAUACGAGAAGCCAAAGAAAGGCAGUACCCCAGAAAAGGUUUGCGAGGCCGAGACUAAUAAGGGCCAUAACACAUCCAGUGGACAUAAAGCAAUAUUAGGAGCAUGGCGCGAGCUGUUAUACUCAUACGGCCAAAGGAAGCUCACCCAUGCCUCUGAUAAACUUCCCGCCGUAUCUGGACUCGCAAGAAUCUAUGCGGAACAACUUGGCGAUAUGUAUGCGGCUGGCCUCUGGCGUUCUCAUCUUGUCAAAGGCCUGGUAUGGGAUGGGAUGAAUUGUAGACGGGUAAGAGAGUAUAAAGCACCCUCCUGGUCAUGGGCAUCCAUAAACGGUGGCUUCUGCUAUGUUAACUCAGAGAAGGACGAAGAGCUCGCUGAAGUAGUCGAUGUCCGUAGUACUUUGAAAGGUGCAAACCCAUAUGGCGAAGUCACCGAUGGCAGGGUUCAGCUCCGGGCACCUAUGGAAUCUGUAUCUAUAGAUACUGAGAACUGA